GGAUGUUGGGCAUUUUGUCUCAGCAAUGAGAGAAAAGUAACCAAGGCAAGCCUUCAGCCCCAGCCCUCUGAGCCCUCAGGGAAAUGCAGGAAGCUCCAUCGUGUUUUCCGGUAGGUCACCGGUGUGACCUUCCUGUGGUCACACCAGUAGGACACUGGUGUCCUAGUUUCACCUCAUCGUCACUGACAUGUGCUAUUUUGGCUUUAAUUGCCGUCUUGAUGAGCCAGGAUCCCAGAGAAGAUGGUGGACCACUUGGUGAACACGGAGAUUAACAGCCAGCGGAUCGCCGCUGUGGAGAAUUGCUUUGGGGCCUCGGGGCAGCCGCUGGCCUUGCCAGGCCGGGUGCUCCUGGGAGAAGGUGUGCUAACCAAAGAGUGCCGCAAAAAGGCCAAACCACGCAUCUUCUUCCUCUUCAAUGACAUCCUGGUGUACGGCAGCAUUGUGCUCAGCAAGCGCAAGUACCGCAGCCAGCAUAUUAUUCCUCUGGAGGAGGUGACAUUGGAGUCACUGCCUGAUACCCUGGAGGCCAAGAACCGCUGGAUGAUCAAGACUGCCAAGAAGUCCUUCGUGGUGUCGGCUGCCUCCACCACAGAGCGCCAGGAGUGGCUCAGCCACAUUGAGGAGUGUGUGAGGCGGCAGCUGCUGGCCACUGGCCACGAGCCCACCACGGAGCACGCGGCCCCCUGGAUCCCCAACAAGGCCACGGACAUCUGCAUGCGCUGCACGCAGACACGCUUCUCAGCCCUCACACGCCGCCACCACUGCCGAAAGUGUGGCUUUGUGGUGUGCGCAGAGUGCUCCCGAGAGCGCUUCCUGCUGCCACGCCUCUCUCCCAAGCCUCUGCGUGUCUGCAGCCUCUGUUACCGGGAGCUGGCCACACAGAAGUUGAAGGAGGAGGCAGAAGAGCCGGGAAGGGUUUCCCCAGAGCAGCUGGCCCACCUGGGGGCAGCUUUCUAUGGAGCAUCCAGCGGAGACGAUGACUCCGAUGAGGACAAGGAGGGCAGCCGGGAUGGCGACUGGCCCAGCCACGUGCAGUUCUAUGCCUCCAGUGUCUCCUGGUCAGCCUUCCACAGCUGACCCUGGUCCACAGAGCUGCCGCACCCACCUACGCUGGUGCCACUGCCGGGGCCUGAGCAGCCCUGUGUCUCCAGGACACUGCCCCAUGGUGGUGCACACAGAGGUGGGGUCACUCUUUCCUCUGGAUUCUCAGUGCCUUUUCUGGAGCUGGCCAUCCACGUAGGCCGACUUCCAGCUCCCCUGCAGGGAAUAACCUUUCCACUCAGCAAGUCCCAGCACACCUCGGCCUCUGAGGAACGAAGGUGGUUUGCCAGCCCUGCAGGCUAAAGCUGCAGCUCCAGACAGCUUCAGGUGUCAGAGCUCUGGGCUACCAGAUAUGGGUGAGCAUGGCAAGGGAAGACAGGCAGGAGAGUGAGAGUCCCUUCUGAGCUGAAGCCUGAGCCCCAGAAGCACCAGUCCUGCACCCAGACAAGCAGACCCCCCAGAAAAGCCUCUAAGAAAGGCCUCCAAGAACCCAAGGCCCAGUGGUGCCCACCACCUGGGGCCUGCCAGAUCAGGCAUAGAGCUCACCUAAGCCAAGUAAAAGCCUGCCAUGCUGUGUGUGCCCACUGGGCCCAGAGGUUGCAGCCUGCCCAGGCCGCUGCCCUGUCUCCACUCCCUCCAGGUACCUGAUGGCUUUUGUCCUGUCCUCAUCUCUCCCUACAGGCAGUGUGAGCCUUGUUUUCUGUUGGGGCUCUUAACUGUAAGGAUAGAAACCCUG